AAGUUCCAUGUGUGGCUCCAGUUAAACCGGCCACUCGACACGACCACCCCAUGCCCUCGUCGGCCGCGGUGCUUCAUGUCCGCCCCUCUCCGUUUUUCUCCUCGCGGGACAGGCUCCAGCAACACCGAGCUCUCAGCGAUCGGAGGGCGUCCGCUCCGGGGGCUACCCUCGCCGCGGAGGGGCCGUCCUGCCUCUUCGUGGGCCCCAUCGAGACCGCCAGCAAGGAGAUGCUCGAAGCCCUCUAUCAGCAGGCUCGGGAUUCCUACUACAGUGGUAACCCCUUGAUCAUCGAUGACAUGUUUGAUAAAGUCGAGUUGAAGCUACGGCUGUAUGGAUCAAAAUCUGUUGUGAAGUAUCCCCGGUGCAGCCUCAGACGACAAUCUACAUAUGCAGAUGCUGAGGAAGACCCUUCACAGGUUUUUGCCUUAGCAAGUGUAUGGAUCCUUCUACUCGUGUUUGGGGCAUCUGCCUUCCUUGUGCCUACCAUCUAUACCAUCAGUCUGGCUCUAAAAGAUGCUUCCGACCCCACAGAUUUCCUAUACAAUGGAAGAUCAUCAUUCGAAUCGCUAACAAUGUUAAAUGCCAUUCUUUUCAUGGGACUGGGUUAUUUGAUUGGUUAUCCCGUUGCAUCUGCUUCUGUCCAAGCUCUGCAAGGCCUAUGGAGAAAUGACUUAGUUGCACUAAAAGGCUCAUGUCCAAACUGCGGCGAGGAGGUCUUUGCAUUUGUAAGGGCAGGAAAAUCCAAACAACAACCACACUGUGCAGAAUGUCAUGUAUGUGAGUCAGAUUUGGAGUUUCGCACCAAGGUGGAGCAAUCCAUCUCAAGACCUGACAGGCGUUGGGUUUAUGGUCGUGUUUACCUGGUCCCACAGACCUUUGCUAAAGAUCGAAGAUCCAUUCUUUACUUUGACUUGGCAAGCUUCAUGAAAAUACAUCACAGAUUCCUGCUUCGAUUUCUCAUGAAGCUGCAGUCCGUGAAGACUGAAGAGGGCCUAUUAGGUCUCGUGGGAAAGAUGUUUGUUAGAAUUCCAAUACUGACUCGAGCUCUCAUUUUAUGAAGGGAAUGUUUUAGACUCUUCCAAAGAACUUUAAUACCUACAUAAAGUUGAAGUUGUUCUUGUGUUUUUCGUU